UAAGAGGAAGAUUUAUGCAUCAUGGAACCUUCUAUCAGAUUUGGAAGAAAGUAAAGGGAGCGCGGAGAUGCCAGACCGCCACUAAGACCCAUGGACAAUCCCGCACUCACACUUCUCUAUUGAACUUUAGGAUUUAUUAGUAAUAUGCUGCCUUUGCAAGAAGAAAACAAACUAAUGCCAAGAAGGCAUAUUCUUCCGUAUUUGGAAUAGACGUGCUCUCAAGACAAUGGCUUCAAAGGUCUCCUGUCUCUACGUUUUGACAGUUGUGUGCUGGGCCAGCGCCCUCUGGUAUCUGAGUAUAACUCGUCCCACUUCUUCCUACACUGGCUCCAAGCCAUUCAGCCACCUAACAGUUGCCAGGAAAAACUUCACCUUUGGCAACAUAAGAACUCGACCUAUAAACCCACAUUCUUUUGAAUUUCUUAUAAAUGAGCCCAACAAAUGUGAGAAAAACAUUCCUUUCCUUGUUAUCCUCAUCAGCACCACCCACAAAGAAUUUGACGCCCGCCAGGCAAUCCGAGAGACGUGGGGAGAUGAGAACAACUUCAAAGGGAUCAAGAUAGCCACUCUCUUCCUCCUGGGCAAGAAUGCCGAUCCGGUUCUGAAUCAGAUGGUGGAGCAAGAGAGCCAAAUCUUCCACGACAUCAUCGUGGAAGACUUCAUUGACUCCUACCAUAACCUUACCCUCAAAACAUUAAUGGGAAUGAGAUGGGUGGCGACUUUUUGUUCAAAAGCCAAGUAUGUCAUGAAAACAGACAGUGACAUUUUUGUAAACAUGGACAACCUUAUUUACAAACUCCUAAAACCCUCCACCAAGCCAAGAAGAAGGUAUUUUACUGGCUAUGUCAUCAAUGGUGGGCCAAUCCGGGACGUCCGCAGUAAGUGGUACAUGCCCAGGGAUUUGUACCCUGACAGUAACUACCCACCGUUCUGUUCAGGGACUGGCUAUAUCUUUUCAGCUGAUGUGGCUGAACUCAUUUAUAAGACCUCACUCCAUACAAGGCUGCUUCACCUUGAAGAUGUCUAUGUGGGGCUGUGUCUUCGAAAACUGGGCAUACAUCCUUUCCAGAACAGUGGCUUCAAUCACUGGAAAAUGGCCUACAGUUUGUGUAGAUAUCGCCGUGUCAUCACCGUGCAUCAGAUCUCUCCAGAAGAAAUGCACAGAAUCUGGAAUGACAUGUCAAGCAAGAAACAUCUCAGAUGUUAGGACUUUUACUGAUGUAAAUACAGUUCUUUUCUUUUUUAAGAAAUGGGGCCUAGGGUGUUGGUGUUUUACUGGUGUCACCAGGGGAAAUGAACUGGUGUAGGGGUUUUGUAAAAAGCUUUUUGCUUCCCUCUCCUAGUUUCUUUUGUGGAUUGCCCAUUUACAAAUGUUAGGCUCUGGUCAUAGAAACAAUCCAUGAGUUAAAAGGGCCAGAUUUCAGUCUCAGGUCCUGAGGCAUUGCAUUUGUCUCAAAAAGCAACAUCCUAACGAUGGCUAGAAUUUACAUACCAUGCAUCUGAGAUGAAAAUCUAGUUCUGGGAAACCAAGACUUGCGGUAAUGUCUUCAUAUCACCUCUGCAAAAAUAAAAGUAAGUAACACCUUUUCAGAAAUAAUACAGUCAGGAAGACACACCCGGUGUCAUUAUUAAUACUGUGUGUGCUGUUACAUUGAAUUUUUACAUCUCUUGCCAUGUAAUGUCUACAGUAUUUGCCGUUCUACCAAGAAAUGAUCUUAGACCUGGCAAGGAGGUUGCAGCUAAAUAAAUGGAAAUUUAAACUUGAAAAUCAAAUAUUCUGUAUGGUUGGAAGACAACUCUGCUUACUCAUCCGAGUAUUAAACCUGGUCAUCGGGUGGAAUGUAUAUAAAAUGCUACUUAAAAAAAUAAACAAGUUUUUUUUUUUUGGUCUUUUGAAACAAACAUUAUCUGGUGCCUCCAAGGAGAUUUUGCCAAAUGUAAUCUCACCUGCUUCCCUCCAUACAGUGUUGCUAAGUGCAUUUUACAGAUUCUGGCUCGGGAAGGCACAUAUGUAGAAAUACAUUGGUAGGAGGGCAGAAAAACGAUAAAUUACGAGGAGACAAUACAAAUUUACGUAUGCAUUAUAAUUAACAUAAGCAAGCUUAGCAAUAGUGUAAGAUGCCUCUCCCACACAUUUGCAAAGCCUGUGAGAUAAUCUUCCAAUGGGUCCCAAUGUUGUUGAAUGCUUUAGCCCUACAGUUGAUAGAUGUAAUAUUCUAACAUCAGCAACAUCUAGGUGCCUCUAGCAGCAAUGCUGUUAGGGCCAGGAGUGGCUCUGGAAGCCCUGUGACUGAGGUUCAUGGGAAGCAAAGGUAGAGAAGCUUGGGAUCAGUUUCUCUUGAUACCAUCAUACGUGUUGGGUCAUGUGAGCAGGCAUCUUAACCUUGCUGUGCUUUAAUAUGCUCAUUUAUAAAAUGGAUGGAAAAAACACCUACCUCACAGGUGCUGUGAGAGCAAAUUGCAUUUGCUAAGUAUUUUGAGAUCCUUAGUUUAAAAGGUGCUAAUGCAAUGUGUCAUGCAUUAUGCCAAAUGCUCAAAUAAUUAGUUACAACAAUGGUCAUCAGUAGCAGUAACAUCAUCUUAAAUAUAACUUCUGCCAGCAUAAAGAUCAAACCUGAACUAUUACUGCAUCUGAUUCUUCUAAAACUUUGACUUUUCCCUGGAUAUCUUAGGUGUUUGGAGAAGUUUCAAUUUCUCUAUCAUUUCCUCUGGUUUCAAUGAGUAAGUUUUUACUUCGGUGCAAUGCCUUGAUUUCCCAGGGUGCUGAAAGUGAAGGCAGCUGCCUUUCUUUGGAGAGGAGCCUCUGGCUAGAAUCAUAUUACAAUAAUUGAAUCACAUGCUUUGCAAAAUGUAUUAUAUCCCAUCGACUUAGAUCUCAGGAAACACUGAUCUGAAUUCUCAGUAAGAACUUUGAGAGCCAGUAGAGCUAGUCCCUCUCUAUCAGGAGGAGAAUAGGCACCCUGCAAACCCACACAUCGCACAUCUAUUCAUUAGGAAACUUCUGCUUGUUUUCAUUCAAAGACAGCCCUGCAACUGAAAGAAUAUAACUUUUCUUUUAACCUGACCUUUCGAAGCUCCCCCUAGAAGUUGAUAGCAAACAAGUAAACAAAAUGAACGCAUGGAUGUCAUGGCCUCUUUCUUGACAACAUUGGAUCUCUUAUCCCCAGCCCAAAAGAAUGCAAUAUGAGACAGGUCUUCCUGUCCUUCAAUACAUUCUCAUCAAAUAGUCAGCCGUACUGCCGAGUUUGAUUGGAAAACAGCAUUAGGUAGCCUGGGGAGAGAUGGAUCAACACAAGGUGAGCCCCUCUCUAACCCCCAACCCUCAACUGCUAUAAGUUCCGGUCAUUGGAAAAGUCUCACGACUUUGUACUUGGUUCACAUGUCAGGCACCUAGCUGAAUCGAGCUUGUGUCUUCUACUACCAUCUUGCAUUUACCUUAUGCUCAGCCAAGCCACCUUCGUGUCAAGGAAUUGCACAUUAUAAACAUCAUAUAUGUACAUCUAUGAAUUGUUUUCUAUGUAUGUGUGUGUGUACAUUAUAAAUAGAGCCCUAAUCUUUAAAGGGAGCAAAAAUCGGAGAAUCAUAUGUCUUAAAGAACUAUUUCCUAACUUUUUUAUGCUAGGUAGUGCCCAUGUGACAAACAUGUAAAUAGUCAUCAAAGACCAUAUGUAUAUAUUUUAAAGGCAUUUUUUUCUCCCCUGUAUGUAUAGCUAGAAUCUGCUUGCUAUGUACAUUUUCUUCUGCAUGGAGCUUGAUAAGGCAAGGCCAUUUGUCCAGUGUUUCAAUAGCCAAAAGCAUGUUUGCCCUUCAUUUUUUGAAUGUUCAAAAAAAAAUGUUUAAGUCAAGUGAUCAGGAGAAAAAGCUCUAAUUUUCUACUUUUCUUAAUUUUCUGGCACUGGCCAAAUUAUGGUUUCAAUUAUUUAAGUCAUUUUUAAAUGUAUUUUCAUUUCUCUUACAUAAAAUGUUUCAGACAGUAUUAUACCAGGAGUCAUUCAGACAAUUUUUAUAAAAACCUUCUGACUGUCCCCCUACCUGUUUUGUUCAUUAUGCAUUGGAUAACAAAAGGUAUCAAUAUUUAGUAUCUGUAUUCUUACAAUUUCUUUUUUAAAUUUAUUUUUGGAAAAAAAGUUUUAUCUUUGCUGGCUAGUUUGCGUGGCUUUGAGUCUUCUUAUAUUGGACCAAAUGCCAGUCUCAACAUAUAAUAUCAUAUUUUUAAA